CCUAGUACACAGUGAUUGUUUUCUUUCGUUAACUGAUAAAGAUUAUCAUGUCGCAUAUUCAGUUCAGUUAGUUAAAUAUAUCAACUAUCGUAAAAUGGAGUAUGAAGCAUUAAUCAAUAUUGUAGGUAUGAACAUAGUUUUUGGGACGGUGUUUCUAUCAGUUGGAGGAUUUUUCCUAUACCUAGAUCUAUACCAAAAACCUAAAUGGAUGUUGAAGUACAAAGUACAGAUAGGCACAAAUACACCGGUCAGCAAGGAGAAGUUGAAGAAACUAAUUAACGUGUUGAACUUUAAUUACAUACUCAUCGGUUUACCUUUCAGCAUUGUGCAUUACUAUUUGCAACGUUGGAGAGGAUGUGACGCCACGUUGACCAUGCCAUCUUUUACAACGCUGAUAACACAUCUUGCCUUGUUUGUACUGAUUGAAGAAGUAGGGUUCUACUAUACACACAGGUUACUACACACGCCUUUAUUGUACAAAAACAUCCACAAACUUCAUCAUGAGUGGACAUCACCUAUCGGUAUCGAGGCAGUGUACGCACACCCAUUUGAGUACAUAUUAUCCAACUUAUUACCAGUGGCAGGUGGGCCUUUCCUAUGUGGCAGCAACCUGUUAACUACAUGGACAUGGUAUAUUCUAGCCACUGCUGUUACUAUCAUCCAUCAUAGUGGCUAUCACCUACCGAUUUUACCUUCUCCUGAGUUUCACGACUUUCAUCAUCUAAAAUUUAUUGGAAACUACGGUAUCAUUGGAAUGUGUGACUGGAUACACGGUACAGACAGUAUGUUUAGGAAAAGUAUUCAGUCAAAACGGCAUAAAGUUAUCUUCUAUUCAAACGAAAUGACACUCAUGAAUGGUUAAACUAUUAUUUGCAUAUAAAUGAAAUACCAAAGAAGUACAUGUACAUUAUGAUAUAUGUAGGUAUGAUAAGGUCACUUUUACAUCUAGAAUUCCAAAAAUAAAAAGGUAUUAUAAAUCUAUCAAAUAACAUCCUUGAUAUGUUCAUCAGACAUAACUUAGUGAAACCAGCAAUUUUAACCAAAUGGAGUUUAACUACAAAUCAACCGAAAAGUAAUGUUUAAAAGUCCACAAUUUCCUAUCCUGUAAGAUACACA